AUGGCAACCAAUCAAGAUGAUCAUGACCACCACCACCAUUCACAUGAUUCACCACGACCACCAUCACCACCAUCAACAACAACAACCAAUGGUCAUGAGAAAUUUCAAUCCUUUCCAUCUUCCAAUUCAUCAACAACAGUAAAUACUUCCUCAUCUGGGGUCUCUUCCCUCCUGAAUCAUUCUUCUCGGCAUCCCCAUGAUGACCAUUCAUCAUCUUUUGUUUCGGAACAUUUUAUUAUCAAACCUUCUACACAACAGGAAGGAAAUCCAUCAACGGAUCAUCAUGGAUUAUUGGAGGAAGAAGAUCAUUUUUCAAGACAAGACACUUUCAGUGAUUUUCUUUUGAACAAGGAUCAAGAACGUUCAUCAUUCACAACUUUUACAAAUUUAAAUUCGGAAUCUAAGAAUUCUGAUACGAUUACUCGAGUUGUAAAUAAUCCUUCUCCUCAUUGUGAUGGUGUGAAUGGCUCACAAAAGAUGACUACUCUACCACAAAAUUUAUCGUCACCAUCAUCCUCAGGCGUGAUAGAUAUUGAUCGAAAUAAUUAUUUAAAUCAUCAUUGUCACUCUACUUUAAAGCAACUAAUUGAAAUUUUUCUUGCAAGUACUCGUAAAGGAACAUUUAUUGGAGAUCAUAAAAUUCUUACUGUAUUUGGAGGAAUUAUUGGUAGUAUUGGAUUAUUUUCAAUAUUUGAAAAAUAUAACUUGUCACAAAGUGCACUCUACCACUUAACAUCCAAUGCUGCCAUUUACACAGCAUUUCCACUUGGAGGAGCAACUAUUUAUUUACUAAUUGAGGAUUUGUAUAUAUCAUUGAGAACUGUUAAUUUUGAUAUUGGAAAUUUGACAGAUUUGGAAACCAUCUCAGUGCUUGUGAAAGGUCACGCUGCACUCUGUGUUCUACUGUUACUCGUUGAUGACAUUGCACUGCAUAAAAAGAAGUUGUGGAAAGUCGAAAUUAACAACUUUGGACUCGCUCACAACUUGGAACUCAUUAAGGCAUGCUUUUACUUUACCAGUGCUUUUUUUUUAAUGAACAAGAUUGAGAUUAGCAAUCCUCACAUUAUUGAAAUAUUUUUACAGAAUGGAACAAAACUAAUACCAAUUUGUAGUUUAAUCAUUCUCGGCUUGAGGAGUACUGGAUAUUAUUUAAACGACCCUGCUCUCUCAAAUAUUCUCUCCAAGCUCUAUUACUACUGUCUAUUAAUAUUGGGAAUAUUGGGCAUUAUUUCAGGUUUUGGUUUUUUAACCAUGGAAACCAAUCGUUUUUAUGAACUCAUCCCCGUAUUGAGCAAGAGUUUUUGUGAGGAUCAUUCUCUCGUUGCCAACACUUUUCAAACAGUGAUAUCUUCGUUUGUGACACUUUUUGGUAUUGAAGCUAUUCAAAAACAUUCAGGUAUGAAUGAAAGAACAGCACAAAGUGUGAUCCAGUACAUUACAUCGACACAUUUUGGGUCCUUCCUACUUAGUUCAGGUCUCAUGUACUAUGGUGUCAAAGCUGUUCAGUUUUCAUAUCCAACACUUCCAAUUCAUAGCAUUCGAGAUAGUAAUGUAUUUUCUGAAUUAAUUUCCACAGCAAUUAAUUCACUUGGUCUUUUAUCCAUAAGUAGCGGAGUGACACUGUUUGGACAUGUUUUUGGUGUCGAAGGUUUUAAAGGAGUUUUGGAGUCAUCGACAUCUCUUAUUGGCGCAUUGGCAUUGUUUUUCUCUGGAAUUAGUAUUACCAAGCAUGAUGUUUCAAUUUAUAGAGCUGACUUGAGUUCAUUCAUUCAUUGGAAUGAUAAGGGAGACCUUUUCAGAGCAUUUCUCAAUCAUUUACCAAACUAUAAGGAUUCAUUGAGUGCAUUGGCUGCUUCUCUAUGCGCCUUAAAAGGAAUUUCUUUAAUUAUUGAAAGAAUUACUUCGAGAUCCUUUGCAAACUGGAUCUACCGAAUGGGAUAUAGUCUAUUAAUUUCCUCCAUUUGCUUUUAUUUUGGAUUCAAACUCUGUUAUGAUUUUUGGUCUCCCAAUGUGGAAGCUCUUUCCAUUCAAUCAUCCUUAGAUCCACUUGUGAAAUUAAUUGCAUGUUCAUUAAGCUCGAGUCUAUUAUUUGCUUCAGGACUUAAAUCAUUGGCAGACAUGAUUCAAGUGAGUGUUGUCGGAAUGGAAAGAAAAUCUUUGUUAUUCACUCCUCGAAAGAAGAAGAAUUGGAAUUUCUUAUCCUUCAUGGACAAGUGUAAAUAUUUCACAAAGAAAACUCUCAAACAAAUUCAUCAAACCACUUGCAAUGCCAUUGAAUAUGUUUUGGGGUGGACCUAUUUUGGAGUUUGUAAACCAAUACUGUAUCAUUCGAGAGCACAUCCUAUUACCACGCUUUCAGCAUUGGGAUUGUCGAUUGGAGUUUUUUCGUAUGUCAAUCGAUUACAGUUCAAUCAACAACAAUUACAACAUCAAAUUCAAAAUUUGGCCAAAAUCGGAAAGUUGAACAAGUGA